UAAUGUUGGUGGACCCUGAGGGCGCUCUGGUAUCUAUCGACCCCACCAUGCCCACCAACUCGCCCAAUUCCUUAUAUAAAGUUGUUCCCCUCUCCACCGGUCAGCUGGGAGAGAAAGAAGACAUGUUUCAGAACGUGUUAUCGCAGGUGGCGGAGCAGUUCAGCAGGGCCUUCAAGAUCAAUGAACUGAAAACUGAAGUGACCAAUAGGCUGGCUAUGUUGGAGAAGCGAGUGGAGCUGGAGGGCCUGAAGGUUGUAGAGAUUGAAAAGUGCAAGAACGACUUGAAGAAGCUGAGAGAUGAGAUGACUUCCAGAGGAGGGGGAAGAGUGAAUUGCCCGUGUAAGUACAACUUCUCGGACGAUGGAAAGAAAUUAACUCCACGACGUGAUGUGCCCAGCUAUCCAAAGUACACACUCUCUCAGGAGACGAUUGAAGCUCUGAAGAAGCCUACUUUUGAUGUCUGGCACUGGGAGCAUAAUGAGAUGCUCAGUUGCUUGGAAUAUAUGUACCAUGAUUUAGGCUUGGUGAAGGAGUUCAACAUGAACCCCAUUACUCUCAAACGCUGGCUGCUUGCUAUUCAAGAGAAUUACCGUAGCAACCCUUUCCAUAACUUCCGUCAUUGCUUCUGUGUGAGCCAGAUGAUGUAUGGCAUGAUUCACCUCUGCAACCUUCAGGAAAAACUCACACUGACGGACUUGGGCAUUUUAAUGACUGCUGCAGUAUGUCAUGACUUGGACCAUCCUGGCUACAAUAACACGUAUCAGAUAAAUGCACGCACCGAGCUAGCCGUACGUUACAAUGACAUCUCUCCUCUGGAGAACCACCACUGUGCCGUGGCCUUUCAGAUCCUGGCUUUGCCCGAGUGCAACAUUUUUGCUAACGUGGACUCUGAGGCUUUUAAACAGAUCCGUCAGGCAAUCAUCACACUGAUUUUAGCUACUGAUAUGGCCAGGCAUGGAGAGAUCCUGGACUCUUUCAAGCACAAAGUGGACAAUUUUGACUUCACCAAUGAGGAACAUGUAACCUGUCUGAAGAUGGUCCUGAUCAAAUGCUGUGACAUUUCCAAUGAAGUCAGGCCCACAGAAGUUGCAGAGCCAUGGGUAGACUGUCUGCUGGAGGAAUAUUUCAUGCAGAGUGACAGAGAGAAGUCUGAGGGUCUACCCGUCGCUCCGUUUAUGGACCGAGACAAAGUGACCAAACCCACAGCUCAGAUUGGAUUUAUUAAAUUUGUCCUCAUCCCCAUGUUUGAAACAGUCAUGAAGCUGUUCCCGCAGAUCGAGGAGAUCAUGGUACAACCUUUGAGAGACUCCCGAGAUCAUUAUGAGGAGCUCAAGCAGAUCGAUGAUGCCAUGACUGAGGGAUCUUGUUUUCUGGCCCGCUUACACAGAGCGCCGGUAUAAGAUUUUAAUAAGAUGCUCCAUUCAUCGGUCUUCCCUGAAGCUGAAGUGGUGUUCAAGAUGGUUUCUCCCUGUGCUGAAUCCAAAGAGACAUCUGACCGACUCAGGCGUGUGGAACCAGGACAAGGGUUCUCUCAACAUAGCUGCAAACAGAUAGACUAGUAGCCUUUUGGUCUGCUAGGUUUUUCCUCUUCUUCCAUUUUUUUGUGAGGUCUUAAGCUUUUUAGUAUUGCAGUGUUGCACUGGGACAUCUGUUAGAGGUUACAAAUUAAAUUUAUUAUAUUGUAUGAUUUCAUUAGAGAUUAAUGUUUUAAACGAGGCCAGACUGAAGGCACAAUCAAGGCUACAGCUUAAUGUACACCUAUUGAAAAGUGCUUCUUAAUAGCUGCGAAAUUGAUAAUAUAAUGCUUAAUGUACUAAUUCCUAGAAGCUGUGGAGCAGUGUAAUAACACCUAACAAGAUGUCUGAAUUUCCUAGUUUUACUAGUGAUUACAGAAUAGAAUCCAUAACGGUGUUGCAUAUAAAUGAUCACUGAGCGUGAGAAUAAAAAAAAAAAAUCAACAAAAAGGCAUUGAGUGAUGCACUCAUUAUAAUUAUAUGGGUUUGCAAUGGAAGAUUUAUGUUUAGAUUGUACUGCAUUUGUUUUAAAUCCAAAAUAAUAAUCUGUAUUUAACCUCCUACGACCUGCGUGGACAUACGUGGACAUCACUGCAUCUAAAAAGCUCAGGUCUUAGGAGGUUAAAACAUGCUUACUGUUUUCUUUCAUUACUUACUGUCAUACUGAUUUUUUUUAGUUGACUCCUACUUGAUAGCACAAUAAAGUCUCACUAAUGAGUCUUUCCUUCAGUUCUACUUGAAAAAGGCUGUGCUUUUGUUCAUAUACUGACGUAUGAGUAUACUACUGUAUGUUCCAGAAGAAGACCCUGCAUUCACUUUGCCUUGGUCUAACACCAGACAAACACACGUGGCCUCUUCAGUGUUGGCCCUUACCCCUCAGAACUAAAUCUCUAGAUUCCUGCUAAUAACCUAUAAGAUACCCAAACUUCAUUCAGGCUGAAAUUAUUCAUGCGUUUAUUUAUUCAUCAUGGCCCAAAGUUGAUCUCACCCAAUUUCUCCUGUCUCUAUUGAUCAUACCCGCUUAAAUAGCCACUAAUUUGAGUGCAGUCAUUUAAAAACUUCACAGUAAUAUACCAAUUAAAUUUCCUUAUAAGUACAUAUACAUUGAAUGGCCAAAACAUUAAAACCACCUGCCUAAUAUUGUGUAGGUGUUUUCUGGCAUAAGACAAGGGUCAGCAUGGUUAAUCUAAUUGGUUUGCAACACAUGCAGCCUCAUUUGCAGCGUGGGUUCUGAAAACUCUCUGUCAUUGCCAGCAUUAUAUCAGACCAUAUAUUCUAGCUUUCACUCCUCAAGCAUAUCAGGAAACCUUAGGUGCCCAUGAAUCUGUCAUUGGUUCACCGGUUGUCCUUUGUUGGACCACUUCUGUUUCUACACUCUUCAUACCAGGAACACUGCUCAGAUCCUUUUGCUUGCCACUUUCAUCCCAUCAACAUCAAGAACUGACUUUUCAAUGUAAUGAGAUGUUCAAUGUUAUU